UUUCUUCCCCAUAUUAUUUGCUCCGCCGCCUUCCACCGCCGUCCACCGCCGUGAGAUAAAAAAGAAAAAAAGAAAAAUGGCGCCUAUUGAUCCUCACUCCUACACAGACUCAACCCACCCACUCACCACCCACAUCUCCCUCUCCUUCUACUUCGAUUUCCCUUCCUCCACCAUCCACUCCGCCGCCGUCCUCUCCCUCUCCGCCCCCCACUCCGGCCCCUUCACCCUCGAUCUCCGCUCCCUCUCCAUCUCCGCCGUCGUCGACCCCGCCACUCUCGCUCCUCUCCCCUUCACCUUCCACCCGGCCUCACCCGACGCCGUUUUGGGCCAAUCCAUCACCGUCGCCCUCUCCAACCACUCCCAAUUGCUGGUCGUCUUCAAAACAUCCCCUUCUUCCUCCGCCCUCCAAUGGCUGACGCCGCCGCAAACGUUCAACAAGUCCUUCCCCUUCGUCUACACGCAGUGCCAGGCCAUCCACGCCAGGUCCAUUUUCCCCUGCCAAGACACCCCCGCCGCGCGCAUCAGGUACUCCGCCAAGCUGAACGUCCCGCGCUACCUGUCGGCGGUGAUGGCCGCGAGACACGUCACCAGGCGGGACCCACUACCCGCCGAGUGCGGCGGCGCGUGCGACGACUCGCUGUGGUGCGGCGAGGACAGGAUCGUCGAGGAAUUCGUGAUGGAGCAGCCCGUACCGCCGUACUUGUUCGCGUUUGCUGUUGGGGAGUUAGGGUUUAGGGAAUUGGGUCCCAGGACCAAGAUCUACUCCGAGGCGGUGCCGGCGGUUUUGGAUGCCGCCGCCAGAGAGUUCGCCGGAACUGAGGAGAUGAUUAAGGUGGGGGAGGCUCUGUUCGGGCCUUACGAGUGGGAGAGAUUUGAUUUGUUGGUAUUGCCGCCGAGUUUUCCCUAUGGAGGAAUGGAGAAUCCGAGGAUGACGUUUUUGACUCCGACCGUGAUCAAGGGGGACGCGAGUGGGGCCCAGGUCGUGGCUCACGAGCUCGCGCAUAGCUGGACGGGGAAUUUGAUCACCAAUAAGACUAAUGAUCACUUCUGGUUGAAUGAGGGUUUCACAACAUAUGCGGAGCGGCGGAUAGUCGAGGCUGUUCAAGGAAUAGAAAGGGCUGUACUGAAUAUCGGAAUCGGUUGGAAAGGACUCGUCGAGGAAAUGGAGAGGUUUAAGGACAACAUGGAAUUCACCAAACUAAAAACUAACCAACAAGGAGUAGACCCGGAUGAUGUAUACUCUCAAGUUCCUUACGAGAAAGGGUUCCAAUUUUUGUGGCGAAUCGAGAGACAGAUUGGGAGGCCUGCAUUCGACGAAUUUCUCAAAAAGUAUAUUGCCACUUUCAAGUUCCAAUCGAUCGACACUGAUAUGUUUCUUGAUUUCCUGAAACCAAAUGUUCCUGGUAUAGAAGAUCACGUUGAUCUAAAAGUAUGGACCGAGGGUACUGGGAUUCCUUCGGAUGCAAUGGAGCCCGUUUCUGAAAUCUAUACGAAGAUUUUAUCACUGGCUAAUGAAUUUAAGGCAGGUAGGAUGCCGAAUGAAGAUGAAGUUGCUGAAUGGGGUGGACAAGAAUGGGAGCUUUACUUAGAAAACCUGCCUAAAUCUGUUGAAGCUUCCCAGGUAUCAGCUCUGGAUGAACGUUACAGGCUUUCGGAGUCAAAAGAUUACGAGGUGAAAGUGGCAUUUCUCCAUCUCGCUAUUUCAUCGAGGUGCAGUAAUUACUACAACGAGGUUGAGAAAACUCUGAAAGAAGUUGGGAGGAUGAAAUAUCUGCGCCCACUGUACACUGCACUAGUCCAAGGCACCGGAAAAGAAGAGGAGAAAAUAUUUGCAAAGAGGGUUUUCUCGGAGGCAUGUGCUUGCUACCACCCUAUUGCCCAGGGCGUAGUCGAGUCCAUUCUCGCCAAAUAUAUGUAAACAAAAAACGCGUUUUUCUUUUCUUUUCUCUAUUAACGCUUUCAUUCUGAACCGAAAUAUGUGUUGUGUUUUAACUUUGAAUCCUUGACUUUCAAGCUUUCCCUGCUUGUGUUUAAUGCAUCAACUAAUUUCCUGUGCCA